AUGUUUUCACAUCCUGACCUCCCCAGUGACUACCUCCAGGGAAGGUGUCCAUGUUGUUUCGGCUCUACAUCUAGUCCCACAUCCAAGUUGUCAGCAGAUUGCAUCGUUUCGUUCGAUGCAAAUUUUCAGCUGAAGAGGAUCAAAGACUAUGAUAGGAGGCCCCAGUACCGCGGAUUGAACAAGAUUGGUUCUCAGGAUCCCAAAAUGACGUCACCUCAAACAAUUGAGGUUCCCCACGGUUAUGCUGAGAUGUGGCAGAGCAAGGUUGCUGAAAUAUGUGAACCCAAAUGGAAUUUUCGGGCUUCGAAAGGCAAAGGAAACAUGGGUAGCGGCAAGGACGAUCUUUCCAAGCAAAACCAUGUCACCCCAGGGCUCAACCUGACAGAGAGCACGUAUGAUGGCUGUGAUGGCUCGUUCACGGCUGCCGACGGGGAGCGCCAGAAGGCAUCCAAGAAGUACUUUGAUGAAACGGGCAUUAUGUCUGCUGUCUGUCGUCUGUCAGGGACGCGUCCGGGGUCGAGAGGGCCCAGGGGUAAUGCCCGGCACUGA